AAUCUUUAUGCCCUAUUAUUCUCCCCCCUUUCUUCUCUCUUUUUCUUUUUUCUUCUUCUUCUCCUUUAUUAAAGUAUGAAAGAAGCAAGCCCUUUAAGACAAGUGUCUGGGCCUGUCUAUUCUACAGACCUCGAUGUUGUAUUUGAAGAAAAUGAUACACAUAGUUAUGGUUUGAACUUUUUACGAAACAAAAAUUACUCAACAAGACCUCGGGCUGGUACGAUGCCUUCUUUUGUUCAACCACCUGAACUUCAUCGCAACACAGCCUUGUUACUCAACACGAUGGAAGCAGGUCGUCAUCGUUCAGGUUCACUUAACUUACCUGACGCCCCUAUGCAUUCUUUUUGGUCUGCUCCAUUAUCUCCUUCUUCUGAACAGCUAAUACAAAACGACAAUGAUUUCUCUAUUGCUCGUACCAUGCGAUCCUUGGGCUUAGAGCAAGAAGAGACAAAAGAACAACAAGAAGAAAAAAAUGAGUCUCUAGGUUUAUUUCAUCAGGCAACACCGCCUGAGUUCUUAUUGCCGAGUCGAUCACUCUUAUCAGGUCAGAAUCGACAUCGAUCUUAUUCAGUGAAUGCCACUGCUCACUAUGAGUUACCAGUACCCACCAUGCCGAGUGCGCUUGAAGGAUUUAAUCGACAACAACAGAACCGUCCUCGGGCAUCAAGUAUGGGGCGUGCAGAUGGCGUACCGAGUACUUCUAUUUGGAAUCCUACGACCCGGUCUCCUUUAGUGUCCAUGACAGAAGAAGAAUACCCUACUUCUCUGUCUUUAGGUGAUUCAGAAUUAUUAGCCAAUAUGUUGCACCCACCUCAAGAAGACAUGGAAGAAUUAGUUGAGAAACCUUAUUUGCAUUAUAGCCAAUCGACACCCACCACCACACGGGAGACCCAUUUACUCAAUCAACAACAACAACAACAGCAACAACAACAAGUGAGUCGUUCACUCUGGGUUGGCAAUAUUGAUCCCUCUAUCACGAUUGAUCUAUUGACCCAAGUGUUUUCUAGUUUUGGUCCUAUUGAAAGUGUACGUUUGUUGGUUGAAAAGGAAUGUGGAUUUGUGAAUUUUUUUCAGUUGGAAGAUGCAAUCCGAGCCAAAGAAGAAGUCUUGGGGCGUAUGGGAGGUCGUAUUGGGUCAUGUAUUGUUCGUAUCGGGUUUGGUAAAGCAGAUGCAGCCACGACAGAGACCAACGUAUUACAGCCUACGCGUGCUUUAUGGUUGGGCAAUAUACCGAGCCAUACAACACCUUCUUGUCUCCAGACAGUCUUUUCUCGAUUUGGUCUGAUCGAAUCGGUACGUGUCUUGUCGCAUAAAAAUUGCGGCUUUAUCAAUUUCGAAAAAGUGGCCUGUGCUAUCAAGGCCAAAGAUGCUGUGUUGGCGAAUGAGAUAGAAGGGUUUGGAGGUACGCGUGUAGGGUUUGCUAAAAUACCACCUCCUCUUCAGCAGGAAGACAAUCGACCUGAAGAAAUGAUAGAUACAAUCAUGACAUGGCAACAUGAAUUAGCUGAUAUCAUGAUAUCCCUGGGUGUAGAUCAACCAACUGCAUUUUAUUUUGUUCAAGAUUUACGUAUGCACCAUACUUAUUUUGAUGCCAUACCUGCUGUACCUGAGCUGAGCACACAUCGAAAAUUAGAUGCUGGACGCCUUCGUGAGAUGCGUAAACGAAUGGACCAUGCUACAGAUAAACAAAAAGAAGCAGAAACCAUUGCCUACGAAUGCUUGGACGAUAUAGCUGAAAUCAGUAGUGACUACAUUGGUAACACAGUCGUACAACGUUUAUUUGAGAAAUGUACAGAAGAAACAAAGACAAGCAUGUUAGAACGUAUUGCACCUCAUUUGGCAGCCAUCAGUGUCCAUAAGAACGGUACAUGGGCUACACAAAAAAUCAUUGACCUUGCCAAGACACCAGCACAAAUUCGGUUGAUUCGUCAAUACUUGCAACCGUAUGUGCCUCCAUUAUUGUUGGAUCAGUUUGGUAAUUAUGCAGUUCAGUGCUUUUUACGCCUGGGUGAUUUCGAACAAGCACAGUUUAUUUUUGAUGCGAUGGUUGAGAAAUUGAUGCCGAUUGCUCAAGGAAGAUUUGGUGCUAGAUCCAUGCGUGGUAUACUAGAAAGUGACUCUAUGACAAACCAACAAAAGCUCUUUGUGGCUGCUUCACUCUGUCAACAUGCUGUGGCUUUGUCUACCAAUGCCAACAGUGCUUUGCUUUUGACUUGGUUGAUUGAGUCCACAGAGAUUGAAGGUCGUUGCAAGACAAUGGCAUCUCGACUCAUACCUCAUCUAUCUCAACUUUGUAUUCAUAAAAUAGCGUCUCAAGUCAUCUACAAACUGAUCAACCAAACCACAGAACCUGAAGCACAACAAUUGAUCGUACAAGAAUUACUAGACAAUGAUCAGACAUUGAAUGAUAUCUUAUCAGAUCAAGUCCGUGGUUUGACCUUUAUUCAGAAAGUAGUUGUCUGUCCUGCCCUUUUGUCACCUACUCGACAAGCCAUGUCUAAGAAAGUAUGCUCAGCACUCCAAACACUGCAUGGUCCAGGACAUAAAAAACUCUUGGGACUCUUGUUAGAGUCAAGCCAAGAGGAUUAAUACCCUUGUUUCCUUGAUGGAAAUAUCGUUUUUUAUAUAUAUAUAUAUAUAUACAUUUCCAGAAAUUGUUGUCGCACCAAGAUGUCGCAUUUUAUAUAUUUUGCAC